AUUUAACACUCAGUUCAAAAAUGCCUUCUCUUGUCCCAUACCUUAGCCCACCCAGCAAGAUUUCUACUAUGUCCAUCCCAGCCAGGCCCAGGCUCGCCUGGGCCUGGCUGGGAGUGAUAGUAGGGAUCCUUGGGUUUUUAUGGAAAGUGCAGUGUCAGUAUUGAGAAGUGGGAAAAUAGUCAAGUGGCUUCGACGAUUGUGUGGAGUCCGUAUGCGUUGUAUGACUCAGUGGUGACGCAGAGUUUUGUGAUGCAGACUGUGAACAGCUUGAUAAUAAUCUCCAUAAAUCCCAACACAGCAACAAGUGCGGUGAUGGGAAUCAGCAGGCUUAAUUUAGACAGUGGAAAUUUCGAUUGGAACAAAUCAGCUCCUUUGCAAUUUGCUUACCAUGGAUCAGAUAUCACCGAAGACGAAAGAUUUGUGUAUAGUUUAGGUUAUUACUACUCUGGAGGUUCGCUCGGAGACAUAGAGAUCUUUAAAAUCGGUAUACCACUCUUAAUACCUAGACACUUCAAAUGGAGAUGUAAGCAAAACUCUUAAGUUGACUGGAUACAAAUGUUCAGACCCUCAAAAGUGCAAGCUCAAGGUCCAUGAGAAUCAAAUUCUGUUCAUUUCCAUAGGAGAUGAGUCUUCUAAGGGAUAUGUCUGAAAAUAUCCCGGAUCAGGUUCUUUCGAAUGUUUAGGGUCCACCUCUAAAUCAAGAUUUUGUAUAGAAUACAUGAUAAUACAAUUCCAGUAUCAAUCCAUCCAAUUGACAGCGAUACUUUGUAUGUUGUCUCAGACUC